ACCCACCAAUUUGGCAACUCACACUAAAACAUGACCGACAGAGUCUAUCCUUCCUCAAAGCCAACCGGCAAGACUAAAGGCACAACCACCGCCACCACCCCACCAAAUCCAAGACUACCACCACCACCACGCAAAGCCCAAAUUCAGAAACCCAUCCCCAACCGCCAUCCUCACCGCCCAAACCCCAUCCACAACCAACGAAACCCUCGUCGCCGGAGCCGCCGUGGGUGCUUCUGCUUAUGCUGCUUCUGGUCAGUUCUUAUCAUUAUCCUCCUCCUCCUCAUAGCCACCGUCGCCGGCUGCAUCCUCUACCUCCUCUACCAUCCCCACCGCCCAACAUUCUCAAUCGCUGCCCUCAAAAUCUCGGAAUUCAACCUCACGACCACCGCCGACGACACAACUCGCCUCACUUCCAGACUCAAUCUCACCAUCUCCACCAGAAACCCAAAUAAGAAAAUCAUAUUUUACUACGACCCGAUCGCAAUCACAUGUUUAUCAGAUGAAACCCAAAUCGCAAACGGAUCUUUUGCAAAUCCAUUCGUUAGCAAUCCCAAUAACAUCACCAUCAUUCGGUCAUCCUUGUACAGCAACUCCCUGCUUCUGGAUACAGAAACAGUGAAUCAUAUGAGAUCAGAUCUGAAGAAGAAAUCAGGACUGCCAUUGAAGAUACUGCUUGAUACUGAAGCUCAAGUGAAGAUUGAAUCCAUAAAAACCAAAAAAGUUGGAAUUCGGAUUAAAUGCGAAGGAAUUCAUAGCUUAAUUCCAAAGGGUGGCGGUGGGAAGUCGAGGAAUUCAUCAUCAGUAUCUGCCAUUGUUUCUGCUGCCAAAUGUAAGCUUGAUCUUCGGGUCAAGAUCUGGAAAUGGACCUUCUGAAUUUGAUAAA